UUAGUAACAUGAAAUCUAUAGGAGGCCUACAAUCAGUUCAACUUCAGCAACUUGGCUGCAUGCGCCUUCGUACACAUUGUCUUCGUGAGUGGAUAAAUUCAGUUAAAUUUGAUGAUGUUUAUUUAAUAUUAAAUCAAAUUUGUGGACAGUUUUAUGAAUUAAAUCAGUGAUCAAUUUUACAUCCUAAUCGGUUGUGAAAAUUGUGUAGAAUUUAUAUAAAUGAUGGAUAAUAUGUUCCGGAAUAGAAGAUGCCCAAAGCGAACUAGUGAAUUACUGGCCUUGAUGGCCGUGUCAUGCACGCUAUUCCUUUUUAUACACACUAGAGAUCUGAAUGCAAAGUUGGAAGAAAUGCAAAAUAAACUUAAUAUCGACUUGGACAAUGAAAUUGAAUCAGGAGCUGCUCAGUUAACGCUAAAAGGUUUUGCUCAAGCCAGCGAAGAUGAGUUGCUGUCUUUGAACAACACAAGGAAAGCUGAAUUGGAGGUGAUAUUCUUUAACCGAGUGCCAAAGGUGGGUUCGCAAACAUUUAUGGAACUCCUGCGUCGUCUGAGCAUCCGUAAUAGUUUCACUUUCCACAAAGACCGAGUGCAGCGCGUGGAAACUAUUCGACUGGCAACUCCUGAUCAGCAGGAACUCGCAGCUAUUGUUGCAGGACUAGAAGCUCCUUCUGUUUAUGUGAAACAUGUCUGCUUCACAAACUUCACUAGAUGGGGCUUGCCACAACCUAUUUACGUAAACAUUGUACGAGAUCCAGUAGAAAGAGUUAUAUCAUGGUAUUACUAUGUUCGUGCUCCAUGGUAUUAUGUUGAAAGAAAACAAGCAUUUCCUGAUUUACCACUACCAGACCCAGCCUGGUUAAAAAAGGAUUUUGAGACUUGCGUGUUACACGAAGAUAGAGAAUGCCGCUACGUCGAAGGUGAAACUCACGAAGGAAUUGGUGAUCAUAGGCGACAAUCUUUGUUCUUUUGCGGACACGACGACGCGUGCACACCUUUUAAUACAUUGCAAGCUCUGCAAAUGGCCAAAAGAGCAGUAGAGCAGCAUUAUGCCGUAGUUGGUGUUUUAGAAGAUAUUAAUUCGACUCUUACCGUACUCGAAGGAUAUAUACCAAAAUUUUUCAAAGGGGCAUCAACAGUUUACUACGAUAAAAUCAACAAAUUCCAUGGAAUAAAUCGAAAUCUCUUCAAACCAACUGUAAGUGAAGAAGUGAAAGCCAUUGUACGAAGAAAUUUUACACGUGAGAUGGAAUUUUAUCAAUUUUGUAAGCAGAGAUUACAUAAGCAAAUGCUUGCACUUAAAUUAUCACAGCAGUGAGCAGCAUAGUAUAAUUAUUGAACCAGCAGUAAAUCUCCACGGCACCAGAAAAUGUAACAGCGACGGCGUAUAUUCUAAGCAUUGAGGACAACUAUUUUGCAAUUAGGAGCCGAAGAAGAAAAUCAACAAAAUAUUCCAGGUUAUGUCAGAU